AUGCUUGAUGUCUUAGAGUACAUCGACUUGUCAGGCAACACGAUAUUUGACAUACACCCUCGACUUUUUCAAAACAACAAACGGCUUCUAAAUGUCAACUUGGCAAACAACAAACUACAGCGACUUCCCAGUGCUAUUUCACAUUUACCCGCAUUGCAGCGGUUGGACUUAUCUAGAAAUGCUUUCACUUAUCUUCAGACGGAUGAAAUUGCACUGAUUGAUCGCUGGAUCGUCAGAGGUGGUAAAGAGAAACCUUUUUUACUGAUCAUGGGAAAGAAUCCUCUACAGUGUACUUGUGACACCGUCUUGUUCAUCCGCUGGAUAGGAAACAGAAAAGAUAACUUGGAUAAUGUAGACAGUUACACAUGCUUGGUGUCUAAUGGAUCGUGGAUGUCGAUUCUUGAAUUUAGCAAGGACAUUAGGAAUUUUGAGGUCAACUGUGUGAGCUCAACGUAUAUAAUAAUAUCUGUAGUUGCUAUUUCGACAGUUUCCAUGUUAAUUUUAUUGCUUGUGGUUAUGUAUCGCUACCGCACAAAUUUAAGGUACUGGCUGUAUACAAGGCUGCAACCUCCGAAGGACAUGUUCGCUGAGCAAGAGUAUGUUUUUGACGCUUUCGUGGCCUACACGUCUGAAGAAAGGGAAUGGGUCUCCCAACAGCUUUUCCCCAAUCUCGAGUUACUUGAAAAGUCUUUCAAACUCUGCAUCCAUGACAGAGAUUUUACACCCGGAAAACCGAUCCACGAAAAUAUCGUUGACAAAAUGAGGGAAAGUCGUAAAAUUCUCUUGAUUAUUAGCCAACAUUUUCUGGAGUCGACCUACGGUCCACUAGAAAUCGAGUAUGCGGUGAUGAAAUCUCUGAGCGACGGCAGGGACGACAUUAUAUUGUGUGUACUGAUGGAGGACAUUCCAGUUCGUCAAAUGCCGAAGGCGCUGAGAAACCUGUGGCACAAGAUCACCUUCCUGAAGUGGAGCGCUGAUCAAGCGGAACAGGUCAUUUUCUGGAGGAGUCUGAUUGAGGCCCUGGACUAA